AACGCUGCUCUCCUCGCGAGACGCGAAAGCCUGCGACGCGCAUCAAAGGAGCCAGCAGGAGGCACCCGUGUCGCUUUAGACGUAGCGCCGCGACCGCGAGCACAGCCGGGGCGAGCCAGGGGCUGCCCGAGCCCCGGAGCACACAGCGCCACCAUGGCCUCAGCGCAAAUCGACUGGGCCGAGGAUUUGGUGACGGAGGUCGUGGGCGAGCGCCUGAAGGCCGCCACAAGGAAACGGGGCGCCGAGCCUUUGAGUCAUGCCAUCGAAGCAAAAAAACUAAGAGAAUCGUGGGAGGCGCUGCGCGUCUGGCUGCGGGCCAAGCUCCUGGCCAAGAGAGGCGCGUCCAUCCCGGGCUUCGGGCGGUUCACGUGGCAAGUUCUGGGGGAUUAUAAACCGUCGGACUUGCAAGAUCGACCCGAUGAGUUGAUCCCGCUGCGACCGGUCUUCCAAUUUUCUGAAGACUUCUGCAAGGCCCACCUACUGCCCUGGCGGCCCAUCGCCGAGGAUAAAUUGGUCGAAUGUGCGGAUUUGAACUACUCCAUACUCGCGCUGAGACACACGUCGCGACUCACAAAAGAUAUGGUCUGGAGCGCGUUGCGGGAUUUACAAAGGAAGAUCGGCGACCGCAUCGCGUCCGGUUAUUCCUUAACUCUAGAUUUUGGCGUCGGCCAACUGGUGAGUGAUCGGGGGAAGCCGCGCUUCCUUUUUGACGCUAGUAAGCUGAGACGCGAGGAAGAACAAGUUGUGCCACAAUCAGCACCCGUUUCCGAAGAGGAGGAGGAACCCCAACCGGUCGUCGAAGCGACUCAAACACCUGUCGUUGAUGAGACGGAGCCGACCGCUUCCGAAUUAGCGACGACCAAUGCAUUGUUAGCGAGGGAUGGUACCGAAGCGUUCCUGGCCAUGAUGCCGCCCAAAGUUUUAACGAAGGACCCCAGAGUUAAGGUUGACCGGGAUAGAACUCCUGCGAGGCCGGAAGCCUCCAAACUGUCUCAGGCUGCUACUAGAUUGCUACGAUGCGAUAGCAGUGUAGAGCAAGAUCAAUAUGCAAGACAUCUAGCGACCAUCGAAAAGGACGCCGACAAAUUACAAAAGGAACAAGUGAAAUUCCAGAAAUUGUUGGCCGAGGGCUUCAAGGCCGACGCGGUGAAAAAAGUGCACUGGAGAGAAGCCAAUUUAACGAUGCAACGACACCUGAAGGAGCAGAUCGCGGCCCAGAAAGCUGCCUUAGAGGCCGAGGCUCAACAAGAAGCCAUUGAUUGUGAGGUCAUCGAUCAGCUGGUCGAGAGGACGAAGCGCGGCGAGAACGUCGAUCGGAGUGCGGCCGAGGCCUUGGGCAUGGAGUUCCGACCUGCUUUGACCUGUCCUCUCAAGCAGCACUCCAUCACGGGCUUCCCGACGCGAGGCCGGGAGACGACGUGCACCCAGAAGGAAUUGCUCACGUAUCAACUCGACCACGUGAAUUUGCGGGCUGAUUUGGCCAAGGAAGAGAGGGAGAAGUCUCUGGAAGAGGAAAGAAGGUUCCUGGACCACGUUGCGAGGGAGCAGCAGUUGGCUGCGAUAGAACGGCAGCAACGGAAGGCGGCGACGACCGAGGAAUUGUUACGUUCCUGGGAAACGGCUGAACACGUGAACAACAUAACGCGCCUGAAGGAGAUGGGGUCCGAUGCGAUGCUGUCGUACGCUCGCGACGCCAUUCCCUCCGACGAUGUGUUGCGGCGGGCGCCGGCCUUGCCCCCAACUAGGCAGCUCGCCGCCACCAUAAACGCGGCGCGGACGGCGGGCCUCGAGGACAUGAAGCUUGGGUUUUCGCCGACCUCUAGAGGCGACCCGCGGGGGGCGACGCCGGCGGUGGACGUCUAAGUAUCGUCGAUGGCGCA